AGGUUCAAUGUAAACUGCAGAUCAGCAGUGUAAGGCAUCUUGAUUUGCACAGUACUAAGCAGAAUGUAUAAAGUAGGAGUUCGUUAAGAAAAUAUACCUAAAUAUCACCCAAAGAACACAUUUAUUAAACAGAACUAUUGUACUUCAAAAAUAAAAUUAAAGGAAUAGAAAUAUUUUUAUUUUAGCUGCUUCUCCAUUAAUUAUAUUGAUAUUAGUUGGCGUUGUUUCUGUACUCUAAUAUAAACUGCAUAUACAUAACUGCGUAACUAUAAACAAAAUACAAACUUUCGCAAAAAUAUAGUAAGCUUCAAUUUCAGAUAGUUCAAUGCUGCUAUUUAGAAGGGGGCACAGCUUUAUUGCACAAGAUUUAUCUAAAUUAAUCUGACGAGGAGUAGUAAAACAAGGUGUACUGUUCUGUUCCAGUGACACUCUCACUUUCACUGCUGCAGACCAACAUUAGUGGAAGAAGAUUUAUGUUUGCAGCAAAGUACCACAAGUCGCCCUCGCCCCUUCCUCAAAAGACACCAGCAUUACUGCUACUUCUCCUUGCAACAACCGGGUGGAAAAGCAAACUUAAUUUCCCCCCAUCAGGCUUCCAAGUAAAAGUGAUUCAACUCAUAGGCAGUUCGUUGCAUCUUUUUCUUGCACGACGUUGUAGGAUGCACACACAGACUGCACACCUUUCUGAAUCAAAGCCACUUUCCCCCCAGUAUUUAAUUCCCGCCAACUCCAACACCGAGUAACUCAUAUGGACCAUACUCUUUUUCCUCUAUUCGUCUACUGAUGGGGAGGCGGGUGUGUGUUUGUGCGCGCGCUUCUGUGCAUGUUCCUUAAUAUCUCCUCUUCCCUCCCUCCUCCCCAUAUGCAGUAGCGGUGGCUUCCCUGCAUCCAACAUACACAUAGACUGCUCGGUGAUUGGCUGCCCCUCUGACAGCUCAGAAGGCGAUUGUAGGAUCUGGAACUCCACCCCUUCGGCAGGGCCCUGGGACCAUUCAUAAACUAAACAACACUCCGGCAAAUCCAGACACACACACACACCGAGGAAGAGAGGCGCAGAAAGUGAGAAUCUCUACGUGCAGUUUCAAGGGUUGUGGGGGGGGGAGGAGAAAUCCUGGGCACCCCUCCCUGCUCAGACAGUCUAUGCAAAAAAAAAAAAUUAUAUAUAUAUAUAUAUAAACUAAAGAACAGGAAUGAAUGAUAACAGACCAAUGGCAGCAGUCUACGCCUGAAGACAGAGAAAGCCAGAACUGGGUUCAGUCAACGCCUCCAGCAGGAAGAAGGAAAUCAACAACAUCCCCUGACAGUCGCCGAGAGACGCAGCCAAACUCAUGCACAUCUCUGGUGGUGCCAUGGUCUGAGUUUUCCCUCUUCCGCUCUUGGCAUUUCUCGCAUUCUUCUUUUAUUGCGUGCGGUUUUCAACUUCGCCACUGCUCGGCUGUGCUGUGGAGAUCCGCUGCGAGUCCCGGAGAGAAGUUUUUAAAUGAACUGUUGAACUAUUUGCGUGUGGGAGGGUGGGUGGCUGUGCGCAGAGGCUGCUGCAUACAACACGCUCCCGCCCCCCCCCCCGAAAAGGCGGCACAUCAAACUUUGAACUUCAAAGGUUUCCCCUACGUUACCCGCAUCGCCCCAUUCCCGUCGGCUGCCAGUUGCAUGGUUCUUGUUUUUUAAAACCACCACCAUCACCUACUAUUUUCUUAACUUGUCUUAAGGGCGGAGUGCGUGCGUGUGGCGGGGGCUGGGGGGCUGCAACUUGGCGGGUGCCUUGUUCAAAGCUGCAGUCACCGCUAAAGCAUUGGAUCCCUCAACGUACUGCGAGAGCCCGGUCUACAGCCCGGACCUGUGCCCCAACAUGAUCGCUGCCCAGGCCAAGCUGGUGUACCAGCUCAACAAAUACUACACGGAGCGCUGCCAGGCCCGCAAGGCGGCCAUCGCCAAGUCCAUCCGAGAGGUGUGCAAGGUGGUGUCGGACGUGCUGAAGGAGGUGGAGGUGCAGGAGCCCCGCUUCAUCAGCUCGCUGAGCGAGAUCGAUGCCCGCUACGAGGGGCUGGAGGUGAUCUCGCCCACCGAGUUCGAGGUGGUGCUCUACCUCAACCAGAUGGGCGUCUUCAACUUCGUGGACGACGGCUCCCUGCCCGGCUGCGCGGUGCUCAAGCUGAGCGACGGCCGCAAGCGCAGCAUGUCGCUCUGGGUGGAGUUCAUCACCGCCUCAGGCUACCUGUCGGCUCGCAAGAUCCGCUCCCGCUUCCAGACCCUAGUGGCCCAAGCCGUGGACAAGUGCAGCUACCGGGACGUGGUGAAGAUGAUCGCGGACACCAGCGAGGUGAAGCUCCGCAUCCGGGAGCGCUACGUAGUGCAAAUCACGCCCGCCUUCAAGUGCACCGGGAUCUGGCCGCGCAGCGCUGCGCAGUGGCCCAUGCCCCACAUCCCCUGGCCCGGCCCCAACAGGGUGGCCGAGGUGAAGGCGGAAGGCUUCAACCUGCUCUCCAAGGAGUGCUACUCGCUGACCGGCAAGCAAAGCUCCGCCGAGAGCGACGCCUGGGUGCUGCAGUUCGGCGAGGCCGAGAAUCGGUUGCUGAUGGGUGGCUGCAGGAACAAGUGCCUCUCGGUGCUGAAGACCCUCCGGGACCGGCACUUGGAGCUGCCAGGCCAGCCGCUCAACAACUAUCACAUGAAGACGCUGCUGCUGUACGAGUGCGAGAAACACCCCCGGGAGACCGACUGGGACGAGGCGUGCCUGGGAGAUCGGCUGAACGGGAUCCUGCUGCAGCUCAUCUCCUGCCUGCAAUGCCGGCGCUGCCCCCACUACUUCCUGCCCAACCUAGACCUCUUUCAGGGCAAACCGCACUCAGCCCUGGAAAGCGCUGCCAAACAGACCUGGAGGCUAGCCAGGGAGAUCCUCACUAAUCCCAAAAGCCUGGACAAACUAUAGGGUUAACAACACAGUGAUAAACCCAUUUAAAAACUUUUAUUUAAACAAAGGAGCUACAACAAAAGAGGCGGCGAAACAAACAUCCAAAACCCCACCUGCAAUUAAGCAUUUAAAAACUCUCAGACAUUAGCAAAGCCAAAACGAUCAUCUCGUUGCACGAGAAGAGACUCCCCUUCCCCCUUUUUUCUUCCAAUGUGAAUUUUUUAAAAGUCACACAAAGAAGCGAUCGGACUUUCCAUCAUCCAAACGAAGCGCCAGGUACAUUUUCAAAUAAAUGUAUAGUCAUUCUUUUCUUAUUCUUUUUGUUUGCCUAAAUGUUGUCACCAAGUGAAAAAAUUAUUUAACUAUAUGUAAAAAAUUCUCUUUAAAAAAAGUUUUACUGAUGUUAAAUGUAUUUCAGUGCCAAGGUCAGACUGUGCCCCAUACUGAAUUGUUGAAAACAGUAAUAAAAAUAUUACUUUAACUUUACAUUGACCUUUUUUGUGAAUUGUUCUUA